AUGCCUUCCACGCCGACCCCCAUCUCCCUCGUCGGCAUCACUGGCCUGACAGGCAGUGCCGCUCUCGCCUGCCUCCUAUCCGCGCCGGCGCCGUUCGCUAUCACGGGAUUUUCGCGGCGCGCAAGCCCCAAUACGCCAGACACGCCCGGCACGACAUACACGAAUGUCGUGGGUGAGCUCUCGCCGACUCCGGCCAAUGUCGGUAGUGUGGGGGGUAUCUUCGUUUCGUGUUUGGGGACGACGCGGGCGGAUGUGGGUGGGAUUGAGAAACAGCGCGCUAUCGACCUCGAUAUGAAUCGUGAUCUCGCCCAGCAGGCGAGGAAGGAUGGCGCCGAGACGGUCAUGCUCGUGUCGACGGCGAUGGCCAGUUCGGCCGCGUGGUUGGCGUAUCCCAAGAUGAAGGGGGAGCUAGAGGACGCCGUCAAGGGUAUGGGGUUUAGGCGCACCAUCAUCCUUCGUCCAGGCGCACUGCUUUAUGAUGGUGACCGUAACAUCAAACGUACGGGCGAGAGCAUCUACGUCUCAAUGCUCAAGGGCCUGCGCGCGGUCGGUGUACCCACGACGGCACUCGCCGUUGACGCCGACGACGUUGGUGCUGCGAUCGCGCAGCUCGCGAUUCACCCGCCGGCCGAGGGCGUUACCGAGCUGCACAAUGACGACAUGAUCAAGCUCGCUAACGAGUUCCGUGCCGCACAGAACAAGGCCCGCAACGCCUAA